UAUGAACAAGAUCAUGAGUAAUAUUAAGCUUUGACUACUCCCAUUUAAAAAAGAGUAGAUGAUAGCAUAGGGUGUUACAAAAUUUAAUAAUUAACGUUUUUUCAUUUUAGGUUACUUUAGAAAAAUAAUAAUGAAGAAAAAAGUAAAAAGGGUAAGCCGCCCCAUGGAAGCGGCAGCCCACCAGCUACCAACCGCCAAUAAACCGGUACAUAAAUUGACCCAUUUCCGAUCUCCUUCUUCCACUCCGACCAUUUUUUCUUCCCUCCGGCCACCUCAUAAUGGCUUCUCAAGUUCCUAGAAUCAAGCUCGGUUCUCAAGGCCUCGAAGUGUCCGCACAAGGUCUCGGCUGCAUGGGCAUGUCCGACUUCUACGGCCCUCCGAAGCCCGAAUCCGACAUGAUCGCUUUGAUCCACCACGCCGUCGACCACGGCAUCACUCUUCUCGACACCUCUGACAUUUACGGCCCAUUCACCAACGAAAUCCUCGUCGGUAAGGCUCUCAAGGACGGGUACAGAGACAAGGUCGAACUUGCCACUAAAUUUGGAAAUACUUUCGCCGACGACGGUAAGAGGGAGAUCCGUGGAGACCCUGCCUAUGUGAGAGCCGCUUGCGAGGCUAGUUUGAAGCGUCUGGAUGUUGAGUGCAUCGAUCUCUAUUACCAGCAUCGGAUUGACACCAGGGUUCCGGUUGAAGUCACGAUUGGGGAGCUGAAGAAAUUGGUUGAAGAAGGGAAAAUAAAGUAUAUAGGCUUAUCUGAAGCUUCAGCUUCCACAAUCAGAAGGGCACAUGCUGUUCAUCCCAUAACAGCUGUGCAGCUUGAGUGGUCAUUGUGGACAAGAGAUGUAGAGGAGAUCAUUCCUACCUGCAGGGAACUUGGCAUUGGAAUUGUGGCCUACAGCCCUCUUGGACGAGGCUUCUUCUCGUCUGGGCCCAAGCUCGUCCAAGCUCUCCAAGAUAAUGAUUUCCGGAAGGAAUUGCCCCGCUUCCAAGGCGAAAAUCUAGAGCACAAUAAAACUGUGUUUGAGAAGGUGAGUGCAAUGGCAGAAAGAAAAGGAUGCACCACAUCGCAGCUGGCCUUGGCCUGGGUUCACCACCAAGGGGACGAUGUGUGUCCAAUUCCCGGAACAACUAAGAUUGAAAAUCUCAACCAGAACAUUGGAGCUUUAGCGGUAAAACUCACACCUGAAGAACUGGCUGAGCUCGAAGGCUUUGCUGCAGAUGACGUGGUCAAAGGUGAUCGUUAUGGAAGUGCCUUGGCGACAUGGAAGACCUCUGAGACACCACCUCUCUCUUCAUGGAAAGCCUAAGAUCAUACCUUAAGCUGCUUUACAUGCUAUGGACUUGACCUUAUGUUUUUGGAGUCUGCUGUCUGUUUUCAAAUUGUGUAAUAAAUCUAUGAAAAAGAUCAUUUUUGACCACACACUAUUUAUCAACUCUAGCUGGGAUGGUCUCUUGUAUGUAUUGUUCUCAAAUAAGAGAAUGUUUAUGAUAA